GAUAAAAAAAAGUUUUAAUUUUCAAAGAUAGCGAUUUUGUCAAUGAACAAAUACCUAUCAGAUUAACAUCCAAAGAUCAAUGCUUGAACAUGUUUGUGUGAAAUUUCACUUCCUGAUGUGUGUUUUGAUUGACGUGUUUGUUUUUGUCGUCGUUGAAAAUGACUCUCUCCAUAUGUCAUCUGUACAAAUUACCGCUGCCUCGUAAGAUUCAAAUCAAUUAGUAUGCACAACAAUCUGGUGAAAAUACUGAAUGAACCCAGCUAGAGACAAACCCGCAAAGCGGCUCGAAGUCAUGAUACAUAAUGUAUGCAUCGGUUAUUUUUGUUUGUUUGGUGUAUAUAUAUUUUUUUUCUUACUACCGGUACUUUAAAUCCUCACACCUACUGGGUCUGCAUACACACGGACAGUUUGUGUUUCAGGACAUUUAAUGUUAAUACUGAGCUGCCCAGAUUCUCAUUGUAUUUUGUGAAUUGCAGAUCUAUCAAAACAAUAGGUUUAUUAUUAUUUUUUCCCGUGAUUGUUAUUUAAUUUGGCCAUUUCUGUGGAGAAACUGAUAUAAACUAGGUGUGUAAAAGUCACACAGUACUAACUUUUGGGAUUAGUGGUCAACUCUAGAAUAAUGCCACCAAGUUCAGGGGAGCUAUGGGGCCACCACCUAAUGCCCUCCCAGGUGAUGGUGGACUGUCUCAUGCCCAACGGUGUAUUAAUACAGUUAAUGGUGAAUCGAGAUGAGACUCUGGAGCGGAUUAAAGCCCAGCUAUGGGCCGAGGCCAGAAAUUACCCUCUGUGUCAUAAGCUCGGGGAUCAGGGGUCCUACAUCUUUGUGAGUAUCACUCAGGACGCCGAGAGUGAGGAGUUCUAUGACGAGACAAGAAGGCUGUGUGAUCUCAGACUAUUCAUGCCCGUGCUCAAAGUGGUUGAACCCAUCGGGAACAGAGAAGAAAAAAUCAUUAACUAUGAAAUAGGUAUGACUAUUGGAAUUCCGACCAGUGAUUUUGAUGAUAUGAAGGAUUUGGAGGUGAUGACAUUUCGGAGGACAGCACUUGACAUGUGUCGCGACGCCCUAGAACAGCGGCAGAUAACCAGUAAACAGAGCGCCGCGCUGUAUGCCUAUCCUCCUGACCUCGAAUCCCAUGUAGACCUACCUCCCCAUUUGAAGAAAAAGCUAGAAAAAAAUGAGGGAAACGUGGUAUGUUGUGUAUGGAUUGUCUCCGACGACGGAAACAGGAACAAAUUCAGCGUCAGAGUGGAACACAUGGCCCGGCCCAUCGACGUCAUAUCGGAGGUCAUCAGACGCAGGGGUCGUCUGAUGGACAUCACAAAACAGCAGGUGGAAGGCCUGAUAGAAAGCUACCGAAGCACCUACGCUCUCAAAGUGUGUGGCUGUGAUGAAUUUCUGCUGGCAGAGAAACCAAUUAGUCAGUAUAGGUAUGUCAGGGAUUGUAUAGCCUUAGAGAAAAUCCCACAAUUCAUGCUUCUGACCAAAGAAAGUAUUUAUGCAACGCUCCCAGAGUGUUACUUCCAAAUGCCAUCAUAUUCACAAAGAGGGCACCAGUUAUUGCUGGACAUCAACAACCAGCCAACCAUCUCUCUCUGGGAAAUUAACGCUGCCAUCAGGAUCAAAAUAAACUGUGCAACAUACGUCAACGUCAAAGAGGCAGGAAAGAUUUAUGUGAAAGCUGGUAUCUAUCACGGAACGGAAGCUCUGUGUGAGGCGCAGGUCACCAAGGAAGUGGAGUCCAACAAUCCGCGAUGGAACGAGUGGCUGGAGUUCCUCAACAUGAUGGACAUCCCACGCAGCGCCAGGCUCUGUCUGUCCAUCUGCUCCGUCAACCGCAGGCGCAACAGGAAGGUGACCUUUGCCCUAGCCUGGGGAAAUCUACAGCUGUUUGAUUUCAACGAUAGACUUCUAAAUGAAAAAGUCAGCUUGAAUCUUUGGCCCAUGCCUCAGGGAAUGGAUGAACUUCUAAAUCCAAUUGGAAUUCCAGGAUCUAACCCAGAUGAAAAGGAGACUGCCUGCCUGGAGAUAGAAUUCGACAGGUUUGCUUUCCCAGUGGUGCACCCUCAAGAAUACGAGUACGAAGAGCUGGCCCAUUUUCUGACAACUAAAGAAAGAAGAUCACAUCUACUGGAGACACCAACCAUGCGACAGAAGGAUGAGGAGACUAUAAGGGAAGUGGUACAGAGAGAUCCAUUGGCCGAAAUCUCAUAUCAGGAAAAAGAAACAUUGUGGAAACAAAGGGAGUUCUGUAUGUCUCUUCCACAAUCUUUGCCAAAACUUCUACAAGCCAUGAGAUGGAAUGACAGAGAAAAUGUUGCUCAAAUGUACAUGUUACUAAAGAAAUGGCCGAUUUUGGAGCCAGAGGUAGUCCUAGAGCUACUGGAUUGUUCAUUUCCUGACCCUCAUGUUCGGAGCUUUGCUGUUCGAUGUCUGGAGCAAAAAUUGACUGACGAAAAACUACAACGAUAUCUACUACAGCUUGUUCAGGCAUUAAAAUUUGAGCCCUAUUUAGACAAUACAAUAACCAGAUUUUUGCUGAAGAAAGCACUUAUGAAUCAGAAAAUUGGACAGUCCUUCUUCUGGCAUCUCAAAUCUGAAAUGCAUCAGCCUGCUAUAAGGACACGGUUUGGGCUGGUGUUGGAGGCUUUCUGUAGAGGACUAGGGCCUUACCUCAAAGUCUUGACCAGGCAGGUGGAAGCUCUGGAUAAACUUACCAAAUUAACAGAUGCUCUGAAAAUGGAUGUCAGAAAUGAUCACAUAGAACAAAUGAAGCACCUGCAUCUACAGCUACAGCAGCCAGACUACCACGAGGCGCUCCGCAACUUCCUGUCCCCCCUCAACAAUAGCAACAGACUCGGAGACUUGAGUGCUGCUGAUUGCAAGGUGAUGAAGUCAGCUAAGCGACCCUUGAAGCUGGUGUGGCAGAACGCUGAUCCAAUGGCAGAUAUCUACUUCCUGUCUUUCAAAUUCUUUUUCAAAAAUGGAGAUGAUCUGAGGCAAGAUAUGCUGACACUGCAACUUUUGAGGGUCAUGGACUCCCUCUGGAAGGAGGAAGGGCUGGAUUUAAGGUUGAUUCCAUAUGGAUGUUUAUCGACAGGAAAAGAGUUAGGACUUAUAGAAUGUGUACGUGAUGCUCUUACUAUUAUGGACAUUCAGAGCAAAACUAUAUCAGGUGCUAUUCAGAUUAAUUCUAGUAAUCUUCAUCGAUGGAUCAAGGACAACAAUAAAGAAAAGUAUGAGCAAGCCAUUGAAACAUUCACCCGGUCCUGUGCUGGCUACUGUGUAGCCACAUUUAUCCUAGGUAUAGGAGACAGACAUUCAGAGAAUAUCAUGUGCACAAGGGAUGGCCAGGUAUUUCAUAUAGACUUUGGUCAUUUUCUGAACCACAAGAAGAAGAAGUUUGGUAUCAACAGAGAGAGGGUCCCUUUCGUUCUGACGGAGGACUUUGUGCGGGUCAUCGUCCGAGGAUCAGACAAAACGUCUAAACAUGAACUCUUCCGAGAGUUCAACAGACUGUGUUUAGAGGCUUAUCUAGUUCUUCGCAAACACGCUCACUUGCUCAUAAACUUAUUAACCAUGAUGCUGUCAUGUGGAAUCCCAGAGUUACAGUCCCUGGACGACAUCAGUUACGUGCGGAAGACGCUAGCGGUGGAGGAGACGGAGGAAGAGGCCGCCAAAUAUUUCAAUUCCCAAUUACAAUCCGCCCAUGACGGUCAGUGGUCCACAAAGGUGGACUGGGUGUUCCACUUUGUGAAGAAUCUCAGCAAAUAGGAUGGGGAGUGAGAAAGGACACUUGUGGCAUAUAUAAGUACGGAUAACUGUUAUAAAGAUAUAGCGAAUGUUAAAAAGACACUUGUGUGGCAUAUACAGGGCAGUGCCAUGAGGACAGUGGGGAGGUGACAUAAGUGAUACCUACUCUCCAUUGGUGAUAAUUUGUGUUCAAUUCAUUUCUAAAACAUUUUGCUCUUGGAGUGAUGGAUCAGCCAGCAAAGAAGGAGGAGGUUCCUAGUAAUUACUUGUCUUUCAUAUCACUGGUAUAGUCAUUGUAAUGCAACAUUUGCAGGGAAAUGCUACCCAUAGUGAUUAUUUAUGAAGAAUUUUUUUAUUCUUAGUAGCAGUUAAUGAGAAUUUAAUGCAUAAUGGAAGCAUUUUAACCCCAUCACCGCCUAUAGUACGUACAUGUUUCAUACAGUAAGUUGCAUCAUUUGAAAUAUGAGAUUCAACACACUUCUACAAAUUUGUGACAAAUUUUAUAAUGGUGCCGUAUUAGAAUCAGUAGAAAUACCCCACAUGCCGGUAUUUACAUUCUGUCCCUAAUAAUUGAAGUAUUUUAAAGGUCAAGGUUAUAUACCUUAACACCAAGGUCAGAGGUCAUACUACUGAUACAACAAGAGAGCUUGAUCAAUGUGGGGACUGCAGUGUCCUGACACAAUUGUUUUGAAAUUUAAUUUUUUAGUUUACAUACAUAUUAUGAAAAAAAUCAUGAUUUUAAUGUACUGGGUACAUGUAUGAUUAAAAAGUAAGCAGAUAUAAUAAUGUGUAAUUAUAAGGUAACUGGUUUACAUUUCCAUGUGUUUAAUGUCUAUAGGAUCAAGUCCCAAGGUUGUUUUAUUUUGUGAUAUUUUACAUACAAGUUGUUAUAAAGCAUUAGAAUUUUAUUCCAUGGAAAGAAAGCAUUGUAUUUGGCAUUCAAUAUCAUACAUGUAAACUAGUAAUUUUUAUCGGUCUGAAUGAUGUUUGCUCAGAGAGUGACAUUAUGUAGAAUUCAUGAAUAGCUCUGACUUCAUCCACUGGUAUCUUAAUUCAACCUGGAUCAUAAGAGAGUUAUUAGUCAAUCUUUUUCAAAAAACUUUCAACAGGUACAUGUACUAGUGCUUGAACAGUUAUUGUAUACAUGUACCGGUAUUAGAAAGUUGAGUGUGUGUAAUGGUAAGGUUGUAGUGUUAACAGUUGUUUGACUUGCACGAUAUUGUUACAUGUAUUAGUAUUGUAUUGAAGUCUAUAGUGCUACAGAAAUUUCCAUGUGUUAAUGUAUAUUUGAAGUUUGUUACAUGUAUGAGUAAGUCAACAUUAUCUUUUCUCAAGGGAGUGCAAUCAAUAUUAUACUUUAGUGUGAAAGAAAAUCAUGGUCAACUUGUUUGAAAUCGAUCAGUGUAAAAGCAUUUUUGGAGCAAAAGACUACCUAUUUAUAUUGUGUGUACGUGUGUAAGGGUAAUAUAUAGACCUUCAGUGUUUUAUAGAAGGAUAUAAAAUACAAUUGAUUUAGCAGAAAUAUUAUUUUGCAUAUUUUGUAUUAAAUAAACGUUUUAUAAUUACAGUAAAA